AUGACGACUGUAUCCGAUCAUAAGCACUGGCUACUUGCAACAGCCUCAACAGAAGAUAGACUCGAGCACCUCCAACAUCAAUAUACCGGAUAUUGCCAUGCACUCGUGCCAUUCCUCGCCGAUGCGAAGAAAAACCCCGUAACACUCUAUGACUUCCUCUCGACGAAACCGACCACAUCUAAGUUCAUUCAACUCAUUGAUCAAUGUCCCCAGAUCAAGGAACUGUUGCAGAACUCAAACUUCUCAUCCACUGUGUGGGCCCCGAGUGAUACUGCCUUCCAAAAAUUGGGGAAAAAGCUGCCAGAGGAAAAUGUUCUCACUUUUCUCCAGGCGCAUAUUUCGCCGAGGUUCCUGCCUAUAUAUUUCCUCCUGACAGCUCCAACUAUGGACCUUUUACUCCUCCCUGGCCAAUUAAAUGGCGCCCAGAGAGUAACAGUUCGCCCUUCACUCACCGGACUUGGAGUAAACUCCAAUGCGACCGUGAUCGCGCCCGACAAUCUGACGACAAACGGUCUGGUCCAUAUAAUUGAUCAGGUCCUCCUUCCUCGGCCAGCAAUAUACUCUCUUAUCGCUGUUCUGCCGCCGCAUGACUUUGAUUUAUUCCAGACAGCAGUGCAACAGUCUAAAGCAGCUCAGGCUAUUCUCCAUGAUCAGUCACGUCGCGGUGGAGUCGUUUUCAUUCCCACAAACCAAGCCUUCCGCAAGCUACCAGAAGACGUCCAGACAUUCCUCUUCAGUGACCAAGGAGCUACCUCGCUCCAGGCCCUCUUACUUUAUCAUAUCGUUAUCAAUCGGACUUUAUAUUCGAAUCGUUUCUACGACAUAGAUUCUCCACCAGAGCACUUUAUACAGACACCAGAAGCCACGCCUGAUCAUACAAUUCCUACUCCAGAGACCCAGGCAGAUUCUAUGUGGCGGGUUCUCAAGGGUACUCGUCGCUUCUCUCUCUCUACUUGCCUAGCAGCUCAGCCGUUAGUGGUUACUGUGACACGACAUGGAGGAUUGAUCUCGAUGCGGGUGAACGAGAUUGCAAAUAUAAUAGUGCAGGAUGGUUUGUCCAGUGAUGGAGUGUGUCAUAUCGUGGAUUCGGUUUUGUUUCCACCCCCACAGAAUGAGGGAGAUACAAAUAACGAGAGGGCUCUGUCAGUUGAGGAUGUUAUCUCGAGGCUGGUCCAACUUUUGUAA